AUGCGUUUUACUCCUCUGUUGUUACUUGCUGUAGGAGCAGCAGCCUUCCAAAUUCCAAAAGGUCAGGCCGAUGGUGUCUAUGAGGUCGUCACAGGAGCGGAUGGCAAAGAAACCCAUAGACUCGUCGGCUCUAAUCCCGACGCCGUUGAGACUCGAAACGCUGUCCCCGACAAAUUUAGCAUGGCCCAUAAGCGUGGUACCAGUAAUUCAGUCAACUGCGGAGGUUAUGUUCUUCCCCAAGGCGACACUGACUCCGCAAACAACUAUUUGGACGCCCAAUGCGGUGGUGGCGCUGGUGUGGGCGGGGGCCGUGACCUUUACGCUAUUAAGGGAUGUACAGUUGCUUACUUCUGCAACUAUACUGGCGGCACUCAGUUCUGUUAUGCGAAAGAGCGACAGGAAACCUCUCGUGCUAUCACCUCCGUUUGUGGACUAUACGGAGCAGGGUGGGACCAGAUCCAAAGCGAUAAUCGCAAUGUCCAGUACGGAUAUGAAAACAAUUGCAAUCAAGGCUGGAAUUUCUGCGGCCGCGGCAUGGAUGGAAAGAAACUCUAG